AUGCCCUAUAACGUGAUGGUUGGGGGAGAUCUUGUGAUGUAUGCGAGAAUGCAUGGUAUUACUAGGGGAAGGAAGGAUACUAAGCCUGUUUUUGUAUCAAAGAUAAGCAACCACAGUUGCUCCUUGUGUAUGGAGUAUUACACAGUUGUUCGCCCUUCAAUGAGCAUGGAGGAAGAAAUACUGAAGAAAGCUGCACGCCUAAGGGAACAGGUAAAAGCAAAGGCACUAGCACAGAAAGAAGCCCGAAGGCAAGCAAAAGAUAUACACCCGGAUUCUUUCGUUGAAAGUGGAUGCUGCGUGUGCGGCGCACUGGCAAAGCAAAGGGGGUUACUCGACUUGAGAGGAAGAAAGAAUCUGAUCCAAUACAAGAGGUACCAGGUCCUAUCUUUGAUAGAAAAUGGACUAAGGGUUACUACUAGUACAGGUCAGGUUGGCAGAGCGAAAAUGAUAGCUAAUGUCAUCAUGUUUGCAAACCCUACAGUCGAAGUUUACAACAAGCUUCCUCCAAGCCGCGAAGAGCUAAGUGAAGUACUGGCAUUCAUCUUUAUGGGUUCUACAAGCCCAACACCUGAGGACUUUAAACGUACUCCAAUGCUUGACUAUGCAGAUCUUACUAUUGAUAGGGAAAAUUUAGCAUCAUAUGAUGAAAGUGGUGUACCUGUAUUCUGUGAUUACAAGCCAUUACCUGUUAAUAUGGCAGGUAAUGUUUUGCCUUCCGAAAUGAGUAAACAUGAGGUAAAGGUAGAGCGUGGAACCUCUGAUGGGCCAUGCCCUUUUACUGUCCAUGGACUAACAGGGGUUGAAUACGAGAACAUGACCAUUGAUGCACUUAAAGCCAAAGCUUUACGCCAUCUAGAAGAUGGAGGGAGUUUCCUGAUGGCCAAGCGACAGAAUUUUGAAGUUAUCACACAAAAGAUUCUAGGGCUUAACAAAGAGGUUUUGAAGGACAUUGCUGAUCGAAUGGCAAACGGAGAACAUGUCAGGCCCAAAACAGAUGAAGAGAAAGAGUGCUUUCAAUUGCUCGAUAUGCUUGAUCAUGUUGGUGGGCAUGUCAAGGGCUCUUUAACUAAUCGAAAGUACAUGCGGAACGAGAUUUGGUCACUGCUAGCUUUUAAAGGGGCGCCAAGUUGGUUCAUUACUUUUGCACCAGCAGACAACCGCCAUCCUUUGAGUCUUUACUACGCAUCGGAUAAUUUGGAGUUCAAGCCUGAAAUCUUGACAUCCAAACAACGGGAAAAGCUUUGUCUAAGUAAUCCUGUAGCAGCUGCAAAAUUUUUCAACGUUCUUGUAGAAUUGUUUAUCAAACAUGUGCUAGGUGUAGGCGCUGACCACGAUGGUUUAUAUGGCAAGACAAAUGCUUACUACGGGACAGUGGAGCAACAAGGUCGGCUGACUCUUCACUUACAUAUGAUGAUUUGGAUUGCAGGUGCUUUAUCUCCACAAGACGUUCGAGAUCGGUUAAUGAAUCAAGACUCAGAAUUCCAAAAGGCCCUUAUAGAAUAUAUGGAGGGUGUUCACCAGGGAGAAUUUAUUACUGGGUCAAUAGAAGAGGUCAAGACAAGGGUCCCGUACGAUCCUGAUGAGGAGGAUGAGGGCUUUCAUGGAAUCGAAAAGGAAAGAUCCUCAAAAGUAACUCCUCCGGGCUAUGUUGACCCUACUUUGACUUUACCUGAAGAGCCUCCAGAAUGGUGUGAGAAAACUCAUGAUUCCUUUGAAGCAUGUCAGAAAUGUGCAGUGCUCGCAGCAUGGAAGUACAAAUUCAACCAUACUGUGGAUGAUAUUGUUCUAAGAACACAUUUCCACAAAUGCCGUGCAAAGAAAGCACCAAUGAAAGACAAGAAAUCUAAUGCAGAUGAUGUUCAAGUCAAGUUGAUGAUGUCUGGUGCUCCAAAAGGGUGUCUCACAGAAGAAGGGAUCAAUGGAUACUUGCGACAGGAGUUCCUCAGACCUUUGCGGAAUCCAACAAUAAGGGCAUUCCAGAAGUGGGCAUCAGAGAACAACAUUGACUAUUCAUCCAAAUGGCACAAGUCCCUACAAUGGAGAAAGAAUGAGAAGAUUAUACAGGAGCCAGAAAAGGAUGGCACUUGGAACUUGGCAUAUGCUAAGACCCGUGAAGUGAUAGAGAGAGAAAAGAAUCAGCUUGGUAAGAGAAAGGCAACUGGUAAUUCAGGGCAAGAAGUCAGUAGGCGAAAGCGACAAGUCACUACACUGGCCCCUAAUCCUUUGAAUCUUCCAUCUGAGGGAAGAUGA